UCUCCGUCCCUCCAGCCCUCCUCUCCCUUCCCCUUUUGCUGCUCAGGUCCAGAUUUGAGAUUCCCCAUCGCUCAACCACCCAGCGCGAGGACCGCUUUUGCUCUUUAACAAGGGAACCGUUGUCCGAACAAGACGACUCCUACCUGCCUCCACUUAAUCCUUUAUUUUCUCAUAGUUAGUUCCUACCCCGAAACAGAUCGAGGUAGUGCUAUCCAGGGUCCAGCUCGCUUGCUUAGCGAUGGCCGCAUUGUUUGCAUCCAUGGCCGUGAAAAGGGCGCUAGACAAUCUGUCGUCCUUGUUGCCGGCGGCCAUGACUUCCACGCCUUCGGCAACCGCGGUCGUAAGCCAGGGCAUCGAAGAUCUGCGGAUGCUGGAGCCGAUCAUGAGCACGAUCCACGCGACGCUGGACGAGGCGGAACAGCACUGGAGCCUCCACGAGGAGUCUGAGAAGCUGCGGCUCAAGGAGCUCAAGGAUCUGGCGUAUGACGCAGAGGAUGUCGUAGAGGAGUACGAGUACGAGGUGAAUCGUCGCACGGCUCAGGCUAUUGAGCAGCCUGCAGACGUUGAAGGCGGCGCCAGCGACUGCAGCAGCAGCAUCAAGCGCAGAAGGCAAGAGGUAUAUGAGGAACAUGGCACCGUUGCAGUUCCAAGUGAGAUAGCCCAUAGCGCAAGGAAAGUUAGAGAGAGAUUCACAGAGAUAAAGGAAUACUCUGACAGUUUCAGCCUCUCAGAAAAUGAUGGGGAGCGAAAGAUGGUUCCAGAUAUCCACAGCAUGCGACAGACUAGCUCUAUUGUAUUUGCCCCAAGAAUUCUGGGGAGAGAGGAUGAUAAGGAAAACGUCAUCAAAAAGUUGAUCUACAGGUCUGGAGAAGGUAGCUGUUGUGGAAGUCACAUGUCUGUCUUGGCCAUUUUAGGUAUGGGAGGAUUGGGCAAAACAACACUAGCCCAACUAGUUUAUAAUGACGCAAGGGUGCGCCAAUAUUUUGACCUUUGUGCCUGGGUCUGCGUAUCAGAGAAUUUCAAUGUGGAUAUCAUUACACGGAAGAUCAUCACUUCGCUUACCCAUAACACCUGCCAUCAUAUACAAUCUGGUGACCUGCAGGGGGCAUUGGUAGACCAGGUAAAGGAAAAGAAGGUUUUUCUUGUUUUGGAUGAUGUGUGGAAUGAGCGAAGUGACUACUGGGAGCUGUUGUGCAUGCCAAUGCUAGCUUCUAGCCGAUGCGACAUUAUAGUGACCACACGGAGCAAGGCAGUAGCAAGCUUGGUGCAAACAAUUCCAUUCUACAAUCUGAACUGCUUAAGUCCUGACGAGAGCUGGUUAUUGUUCCAGCAAACAGCAUUUGUUGUGCAAGAAAUUUCCACUCCACCAGACUUGGUAGAGAUUGGCAAAAGCAUUACUGAAAAGUGCAAUGGGUUACCAUUGGCAAUCAAGACUCUAGGGAGCAUCUUACGCUUUGAAAGCGAUGAAAAUAAAUGGAGAGAUGUCUUACAAAGUGAGCUAUGGGACCUAAAGCAGUCAAAGAAUGAGGUUUUGCCAGCCUUAGAGCUGAGCUACAAGUGCAUGCCGAUGCAGUUGAAGCGCUGCUUUGUUUCCCUUUCACUAUUUUCGAAACGUAUUUACCUUGACGAAUACAGGGUGGUUUGGUUGUGGAAGUUACUCGAUUUACUUCAGUGUGAUGGAAGUGAUGACAAGGAUGAAAUUGGACAUUUGUAUUUCAAUCAAUUAUUUCAGCGAUCCUUGCUUCAAAAUUAUAUUGAUAGACCGAGGGUGGUCAUGCAUGAUCUUGUCCACGAUCUGGCAUGUUUUCUUGCUGGGGAGGAUUUCUUUAGACUGGAGGGUGAUAAAUCAAUUGAAAUUCCACAGGGUGCACGGUAUAUGUCCAUACUAUCAAAUGAAAAGAGUAUUGAAAUAUCAAAUGCAUCACAAUCACUUAGAGUUAUCACAAUGAUGGGUAAUGGUGACAUCGAAAAUCCUGAAGUAUUGUUUUUGAACUGCAAGAAGUUUCGGAUCGUUGACAUUUAUCCGGGCAGACUUGCCAAUGCAUUACUUGACGCCAUGGGUGACAUGAGACUGCUUCGCCAUUUCUCCCAUAUUGUGCCAGUUGAACUCCCUAAUUCUGUCCUCAAUCUAUUUAAUUUACAGAUCCUGUACACUGACAAACCUAUGGCACAAGGAUUUGGGCGUCUUAUUAACUUGCAUACCGUGCCUAAAAUACAACUCUGCAAAUGUGGUUGCUUCUUCAACAUAAGAGAGCUGAAGAAUAUGAACAAAAUAAGGAAGUUACGCAUGUCUGGACUUUGUAUUGCAAGCAUCAGUGAUGCAAAUGAAGCUCGAUUACAUAGUAAAAGGAAUCUCGAGGUACUAGAACUAGACUUCAAUGGAUGGAAAAGUUGCAGUGAACACACGGAAAGAUCCUAUGGUAAUGAAGAUACUGUUAGUAUAUCUGGUGCCCAAAUACUUGAGACCCUACGGCCACAUCAUCAAAGCCUUGAAGUACUGAGGUUAAACAAUUUCAAUUUUGAUACAUAUCCCAGUUGGUUGGGUAGUACUUUAUUUUCGAAUUUAACUGAAUUACACUUAGACAAGUGCCAAUCUCAGCACUGUCCGACACUUGGUGAACUACCAUCACUCAGGUCCCUCAAGAUAUGGGGAAUGGAGUAUGUCGAGCACAUUGGACCAGAGUUUUGUAGCCUUGACCGAAGCACCAAAGGCUUCCUCUCGUUAGUACUCCUGUGUUUUGACGGCUUGUGCAGACUGCAAGAGUGGUCUGGAGUGGAGGAUGGAGAAUUUCCAUGUUUGGAAACUCUUCGGAUCUCGGGAUCCUUCGAAUUGAGGUCUCUCCCGUUGGUGCCCUUCUCGUCCCUGCGCAGUUUCACCCUGUCUCAAUCCAGAAAUAUCAUAACAUUUCCAGCCUCUUCUACCCUGCGUGAAGUAGGAAUCUCUUCAUGUGGAAGCCUGAAUGAACUGCCGGCGCUCCCAUCACUCCAGUCACUCCAACUGUCCGACUGUCCAAGUUUGGUCACAUUUGGUCACUUCCCCUUACUCACUGUCUUGGAUCUUGAUGGUCAGAUUAUAGAAGACAUACUUCACAGAUUGGUGAAUUCUCACUUAUUGCUUGAGUGCUUGAAAAUUUGGUCUCAUAGUUUGGUAUCCAUCCAUCUCGAUUCCAAAAGGCUGACCUCACUUGCACAGCUCGAGUUACGUUGCCCUAAUUUACAGUACUGCGAUGAACUUGGUUCCCUCACUUCUCUCAAGGUACUAUAUGUAUCAGGUUCUCCACAACUUCACGUACCUGAUUCACUUCGAAGCCAACUGGAGAAAUUGAUUGAUUUAUAAUACUUUUCAUCAUGGAUGUGGUUAUGCGAUUUAAGGUCCACAUGGUGAAGCAAUUGUUUUCUGAUCUACAAAAGUACGAUGACGAACGAGAUAAUAUUGUUCAGGUCACACUUUGCAAGUCAGAGAACACAACUAUUGAGUACCACAAAAUGGUGGAGAUUCUGCAUCCAUUUGGAUACCCAGAAGAUGCAGAGUUGUACUACCUCCUUGUUCUAGGGAUUGAUUUGUCAACUGGGUUAAAGAAGAUCAAUGGAGCAGAAGAUGUAAAGCUAAUGGUGAAUGAUCAUGCUAAAGCAGGGAUUAAAAUUUGUCAUCUGUAUUUGGUGAACAGAUCGGAGUCUCCAGACUUACGGCAUCUCCCAGAGGAUUCUUAAAUGCUUAGGUUGUGGUUUCAUUUUGAGAACCGAGAUUUUGUUUACAAAUUGAAUACUUGGGUUGUGUUUCUUCAUUUUUGUCUUUGUUAUAUGAGACUCAUGAAGUCAAGGACGCUGCUUGUAGACCCAGAAUGUUUUAGAAAUAUUAUUAGCAAGUUAUCAUUCAACGAUCUCUAGUUUGUUAUGUCUUAUCCCUUGUGACGUGGAAUACAUACGAAUCCGUGCUGUACGAUUUUA